GAAAAACACAGACCGGGAAAGAAACACUGCAGUGACUUCAGUAGCGAUUCGAUCUAUAGAUUCAGUGUAGAAAACUCUGUAUUAAACAAUAACACACACAUAGUGAGUGUGUAAACAUUACAUACAGGACAGGGCCAUGAAGUGAUGAGCUGAAAGAGACUGAAGACUCCACAAACAGCUUUAUGCAGGGAGACGAUCUCGGGGCAUCUCCGAAAGCACAACACUUUGAACCUUGAGGUGGAUGUGCUACAGCUGCAGAAGGCCAUGUUGGGUUUCACUUGGAUUGUACAAACUUCACCUGGUCUUCUCCAGUUUUCAGCUGUACAGUUCGGGUGAACCUGUGCUACUGUAGCCUCAUGUUCCUGUUCCUAGCUGACAGGAGUGGAACCUAAUGAGGAACUUUAGGAGGAUAAUUUAGGAAAGAAUGGCUGAAGAGCCAACAGAUGGUGCUAUGUUCAUACAGAAGUUUAAACCAACGCUGAUAGAUGCUCUGUGUGGAGAUCCUGACUUUCUGCUCCAGCACUGCCAUUCAUCCCGCUUACUGACCCAGAAGGAAUAUGACCAUGUCAAAGCCUCAUCAGACCCGUUUGAGAAAACUCGAGACAUCCUGGAUUACGUGAUGAGAAAAGACAGAAACCGUGUUAAUAUAUUUCUGAGACUUUUAAAGGAAAAAGGGAUACAGGAGGCAUUUCCUAAACUCAAUGAGCCGCCUCUGAGCAACAUAGGAAAGAAAAGGAAGAAAAUCGAAGAAAAGCAACCCGAAGAUGACGUUCCCAAAGUCAAAAAAAACGUUCUUGCCGUCUCAGUGACGUGGCUGUCUUUCCCACCAGGCAGUAGGAUGGUGACGGAGAAGCAGCUCAUGAUGGUGGCUCGCAAAAUUGGCUCUAAUUGGAAGCAGGUGGCCAGAGAGGUGCUGGAGAUCCCCAAUGUCGACCUGGACAAGAUCGUCGAGGAUAACCCAAACAGCCACACAGAGCGAGUCUUCAACAUGCUGUAUCUCUGGAGCACGAAAGAGAGAGAGAAAGCCUCGGCCAUUCGCCUGCAUUCGCUCCUCACGCAGGAGGAGUUCGGCAUCAGGCCUGGGACCAUCGACUUCCUGCUGGAGGAGAGCUAGACCUAGCAUUAAUAAGCACCUGUUAAUAUUAUAUCAUAGCAGGGGGUCUCAAAGGGGCUACACAGACAGAUUUGCUUCCUUUAUUUUAUUAUAUUUUAUUUGUUGGAUAUAAAUCCACAAUUCAAUCACUGUCACAUGCACAAGCAUUUGUGCAUUUUAUUCUGUUUUCACUACUUGACAUGUUCUCACAUGACAAAAUGUCAAAAAAAAAAGUGUGUAUUUUUAAAAUGUAGUUAAAUACAGCCUUCUGAUCCAUUCCAGAAGUGAUUCAUGGUGCAGAUGGAUCUCUCGGGAACAGAUCUUAGUUUUUCCGUAAAAUGUGCACAUCUACAAAAAUGUUUUGUAUAGUUUUUUUUUUAAUCAAGUUCUGUGCUUUGUAUGUUUUGUAUCUCUUAUAACAUUUGUACUUUUGUACUGGUUGCAAAAUACAUUAUAGAGAAAAUCUUGCUCUCAAUGAGUUGUAUAGAGUUAAUUCUUCUUUUUGAAACAAAGAAAUCAUACAGGAUGAUAUUUGGGAUUAAAUUCAGCAUGUCAACAGAGUA